CGGUCAUUCGGUCAAUUGACGGAGGCUCGAGACCCAUUAAAGACCCCAUUGUACGAACCACGACCCUCGACUUCGUCCGCACUGUGCGGACCUCUCACGAUUCUGUCUGGAGGCUAGAAGGAAUUUCUGAUAAAGGCCGAAUCGACCCCGCAUCUCUUGUUAGUUUGAAAUCGCCCAUCAGUCUGGAAGCCGUGGUAGCGACGAAGAGUGAUAGCAGAAGGGAUUGGUUUUUUUGACUGGAGGGAAGAAGAUCACGUGUGUUUCAACCGACGGAGAAAAAGCGCAAUCUCCUCGUCUCUUUCAUCACCGACUACAGAAUGCUUUUUUGAUAGGAUGCCCCGCAGGCUGUUUUGUUGCUGCUGGCAGUGAUGUCAAGGCCUAUCGUACUUGUUUUUCUUCUGGUGGUUCUUAUAAUUACAUCGCAGUUUGAAUGGAAGCAGCAACUGGUGAAUGACAUGGAAGCAAGCUCAAGUGUUUCUCAAAAGCAGAGUCAUCUUAUGAACAGAGAAGAAGUCGUUAAAGAAAAAAUAAUUUUAUCUCAAGAAAAAAAUAUUCAGAGACUUAACUCGCUUGUCCAGAGCCUUCAGCAACAAUUAUCGCAAUGCCGCAACAUCAAUAACACGGCAAGCUUCUCUGAAAAUAGCUUAACAACAAAUGCCAAUGAGACUGAGAAGCAGCAGAUCCUGGAAGAUUAGUUGCUAUUGUACAAUUUGAUUGUGACAAGAAAAUCCAUUAAAUAUAGGUUAUUGUGGAUCAUAUUAAAAUUCCUAGUUUAAAAUACUGAAGGGAUGUGUUGUUGUGGCAGUUUAUGUUCCCUAUUAUUAUUGAUGAGACCAUGAAAUACUUAAUUUGAAGUAACCAGACAUGCUUUUAGAGGUGUUGCAGGUGUACAAGUUCCAGGAUUAAAGGCUUCCUAAAUUAUAUUGCUUGAGCAUAUUACAUAUUUGAUGUUCCAAAUUGUUAUCAGGACCUCUACAUUGAACUUUUAUUGAGUUGUAAAUAAAAACUUCUGAUUUCUGAACUGA